CAGAAAGGCAACAGAAGCAGAGGUGUCACAAGAAGGUUGCAGUAUUCCACAGAAGAUCUCAACUCCAAAUGGAAAAAAGAAGUCCUGGGACCACCACGAUCUGAAAUGGAAGUCAACAUAUAGGAAAUAAAGCCUCCCGAUUUCAGUUAUAAACUGUAUACAUCUUUGGGAUUUCCAGAAAAACCAUCAAGGAAUAUUAAGGAAGAACAAGGAAAGGGGAAAAGAGGUAAUUUUCAGGAAACAAGGCUUCACAUGCCCAGCAUAAGGAGUCAUCCCAAGAAGGCCAAAUCCCCUGAGUUUAUAACAACAUUCCCACAUCUGGAUUCAUAUAAAGCGAAGUUAAUGUUCAUGAAGAGUGGAAAAUAUCCAAAUGGUGUAUACCUCAAUCCCAAACCACAUGACUUUCGACAGUACCAACCCAAUUUACCAAACUUUGUGACAACUUAUGAAAGGGACCCUUUUGGAUUAAAAUUUAAAUCCAGACACUUAAGUACAGUCCAUGGGUGCCGCUCACUGAAAGAUGAUAAACAGAAGAACAGUUCAGAAAGAUUUAUCACCUACAAGCCUCAUGAAUGCACCUGGGAUUCAAAGCUAAUUUUACCAAAAGCUCCCUGGCCCAUUAAAUCUGCUUCAUUCACGAGACACAGGAGGCGGCAAGAUGUGUACAGUGCAUUUAUGGAUCGUGCGGAAGACAAGCUUACCCAAACAUGCAAGAACAGGUGGAGCAUUUCUGCCAACUGCAAAAAGUCAACAUCAACGUCGCCUUGCCCAAAGUCGUCUGUGGCUGCCGAAGCUGCCCACAGCAAGUCGGAAGUACUGAGGGUUAACAGCUCCCAGCAGCAGCCUGCAAGUAAUAAUGGAGGUGAUUGGUCUACACUGCUCCCCAGCGUUGCCCUGGGGGCUAAACUCCAGCCAUCCAGGAGCCUCAUGCACUUUGUUGGCUUCCUUCCUGUCUCACUUGCUUACAUGCUUACCUUGUCACCAUUUUACUUUCAUUUGACCACCUAUGGUUUCACCAGAAUGCUUGCUAAGCGCCUGCUUCUGGGGAAACCUAAAUCAUGA